CGGGAGAGCUCCUGAAGCGCAGAUUUCCUGUGGAGUAAGGACACUGACAUGGCGCGGAAGAAAGUAAGACCCCGGCUGAUCGCUGAGCUGGCUCGCCGCGUGCGCGCCUUGCGCGAGCAGCGGAACCAGCCGCGAGAUUCGCAGCUCUACGCCCUAGACUACGAGACGCUGACCCGGCCGCACUCCGGUCGCCGGCUGCCGGUACGCGCCUGGGCCGACGUGCGUCGCGAGAGCCGCCUCCUACAGCUGCUCGCCCGCCUCCCCUUGUUCGGCCUGGGCCGUCUGGUUACCCGCAAGUCCUGGCUGUGGCAGCACGACGAGCCAUGCUACUGGCGCCUCACGCGUGUGAGGCCCGACUACACGGCGCAGAACUUGGACCACGGGAGGGCCUGGGGCAUCCUGACUUUCAAAGGGAAGAGUGAGGAUACGGCUCGGGAAAUCGAGCAAGUCAUGUACCACGAUUGGCGUUUGGUACCCAAGCACGAGGAGGAGGCCUUCACUGCGUUCACUGCGAAACCAGAGGACAGAUUGAAUUCUGUCCCCUAUCCACCUCUGCUGCGAGCCAUGAUCCUCGCUGAACGGCAGAAAAACGGGGAUACCAGCGUCCAGGAGCCGCUCCUGAACCUGGAGAGGACUCGAAUGCGCCCCUGGGACUACCCUGCAAAACAGGAGACGAAAGGGAGGGCCAAGGGCACCCCAGUCUAACUGCCAGGACUGGCAGAGAGGUCCUGUGAGUCAUUUGAUGGACGAGUGCCUUUGACUGUGCUAGAUCUUCACUUCGGUGGCGAGUUAUAUCCUACAGCCCUGACACAUCAGGCAAUGAAUAAUGGGGCAGAUGACAGGCUGCUUGGUGUCAUUUUCAGGCGGGCCCCUCUCUGAUUCCUCGGUCUGGAAAUAAACGCCAGGAAACAGCC